GCCCUACAAUUUGAUUGGUCCAAUUAUAAACUUGUUUGUUUGUAAAGGUACUUCUUUUGGAGGAUUUUAUCAGGACGCUAAGUAGGUUAUUUUUUAAUUGAAACAGAAGGGGACAGAUGCACGGCGCCAAAGAUUUUGUCCACGACCCUGAUCUCUGUGCAGGAUCUGAUUGUCAGCAGCUCUUAAAGAGCUCAGUACCAGUAUACCAGUAUACCAGAGACCUCAGGAACUUGAUCAACCAUAAGAAGGAGAUGAUGAAUCUUGCAAGCCACCAGCAGUGCAGUCAGCUGCUCCAUAACAAGUUUGUUUUGGUGCUGGGAGACUCCAUUCAGCGCUCUGUUUACAAGGACCUUGUUCUCCUGCUGCAGAGCGAAAAAUAUCUGACCUGGAACCAACUCAAGAGCAAGGGGGAGAUGAACUUCGAGCAGGACUGCUUGGUAGAAGGAGGGUGCCUAAAUCAGAUGCACAAUGGAACAGAAUACAGAGAGGUCCGACAGUUUCAAUCAGCCCACCACUUGGUCCGCUUCUAUUUCGUGACACGCAUCUACAAUGGAUACAUGCAGAGUAUCUUGAAAGAUAUCCGCCACGGCAUGAAACCAGAUGUAGUCAUUGUUAAUUCCUGCAUUUGGGAUAUUUCGAGAUACAAGUGCAAUUGGAUCAGUGACUACAAGGAAAACCUCAACAGGUUUUUUGAGGAGCUGGUUGCAAUUCUGCCAAAGGAAACCCUGGUAAUAUGGAGCCUCACCAUGCCCUUGGCUAAAAGAAUCAGAGGUGGUUUCCUGAUUCCUGAGAUUGAGCACAAAGCAUCCCAGCUGCGUUACGAUGUGAUUGAAGCCAACUUCUACAGUGCAACUCUGGCUGAUGCCUACAGCAUGGACGUGUUGGACUUCCACUUCCAGUUCCGCUUCUCCCUGCAUCACCGUACAAAAGAUGGGGUCCACUGGAACGCCCUUGCCCACCGCAAGAUAACAUCCCUGCUGUUACAGCACGCUGCACAGGCCUGGGGUGUCAUCAUGCCCUGUCCACUGACUGUUGCUGAGAAUAUUGAGGUCACAGAUCAGCAACCAGCCAAUGGAAAUGUUAUCAGGCCUGCAAGUAAGACAUCAGAGGGAAAUUACGACAGACACAGACGUGCCCCUCCAUCAAAGAUUCACGCGCCAGUCCAUAGACAUGCAAGAAAUGGUUUCAACUACAGUCCUCAUUAUCACUUUGAGCCCUACUAUGAGCACCGUCAUCAGCAUGUGAUGAGGAGCCGGCACACCAGGCACCACUAUGUUCCUUACACUUGUCGCAGACACGGCCAACACACCUCUCAUUGACACUACUACUAAAACAGGCGUUUUACAGGAUUCAGACUUGGUUAAAUUCCCCUUCUUGUCUUCAACUUGCAUCUGCUGCCCCACCGGCCUUUUUUAGGGGGGGGGAGGAACUAUAUUGUAUUAUUUUGAGAUUUUAUAUAAGCUCUCUUCUGCACAAGUUGACUUGAUCUUCAACUGAGAAGAUUGGGUAAAAUGACUUUGUAAUGUGCGCAUUUCAAAGCUUUUAUGUACUUUGUCAGGUGCCUUGUACUAUAUUAAAGUUA